AUGAGUUCACCCAAACAAUCCCCCAUUGGAAGUCGGACGAAUUCUUCAACGAUUGACUAUCGUAAGAAAAUAAACAUUUAUGACACGGUUUUGCAACUUAUACGAAUAAUUUUGGCAUCGAUAUAUCUGUUUUAUAUCGUGUUAACCAUCCCCUUGAGCUUUGAAAUAGGUGGAAUAGAUUGUGGCCUGAGUUAUUCCAUCACCAUUUUGCUCAUCUAUUUCUGCCUCGCUACCCUCAGGGUCCUCAAAUAUCAUCGCAUAAUUUCGUCAUUUCUUUACUACACGCAGCACUUUCUACUUCCUAGCUUGUUAUCCAUUUUUUUAACCGUGUUCACAUCUUCGGACGAAUAUAAUGCAAGUACGCUGAUGAAGAAGAUCUGGUGGCAUUUCAUCAUAAAAUCUUGGAAAUUAUUCCUCAUGAAUUCCACUCCGCUAUUUACUAUCCUGGAAGGAUUUUGCUCACUGCUUUCGAUACAGGCUAUCGGGCAAAUGUCACAAUAUUUGAUAAAGCACAAGUCCGACACAUGGUCAAUUGUCAACCUUAUCACAAGUGCUUGUAUUUUAUCCUCAUGUCUGUUCUUCUUUGUGAAAAUAUAUGUUUCUCCUAUAGAUUUGCAAAGGGUUGGACUAAUUUCCGCCUCAUUGCUGGGAUCUGCAUUCACUUGUACGAUACUCAUCACUAUUUUUGGAAUCUAUUCUGGAAAAGCAUCUCCUCUGGAAUGCUCCCUUAUGGUGGCAUAUAUCGUGAAAUGCUGCUACGAACUAUUUCCCGAACUUUCAGAGCUGAACUUCAAUAUGUUACUCAAAUUUAUUAUGAACGAGUUUAAGAAUUUGGAUUAUCAAGCCAAUUCUUUGAAUAAGGAAUUUCUCAAUUCGAUCCAGACAACAUUCAAUAACUUCAGGACAGGAAGGGACCUUUUUGAGUACGUGCAUUUUGAGUUCCUGGCCAAAUCAACCACUAAAGAUAAACUGCUUUUGGUUUACGUUAAAGUGAAAGAGUUUAUCGUGGACGUGGUGAUAAAAUUUAUUACUGAAAACUUCCCUAAGUCAUUUGAGUCUCUUUGGGACUUCCUCAAGAUUUCCAUCAGCAAUCUCACCUUUUCGAUUCUAAUUCAGUUAGCAUACAGAAUAUGUGUGUUCUUCGCUGCAACCAAAAUAAUACCGAUUCUUCAGCCGGUUCAAAAAGGCUCCCCUCUUUCAACACCUUCUUCUCCAACUCCUACAAAAAUGAACAGGCAUGAAAAGAGUGCAAGAAACAAGUCCACUUCGAGUCGCUUGAUUUAUCUCUAUUCCCCUUGUAUCAUCAUUGCUGUUUACACAAACCUCAUGAUUCAAUACAUCGAUGAGCUGGACUCGCACAAUCAUUUUUGGAACUGGCUCAAUUUCCAGUUUCGAGGAACAAGUGCUCAAGUUCCUGAGGUCAGUAACUCAGUCCACUCAUGGCAAGUGUGGAACUGGAUAAACAUUUUCGGUGUGCUACUAUUAUAUUCUCUUGAGUUGAUGAGCCAUGACCCUGACGAUAGCUCGCUUACGGAUCAUUGGAGUAUCUAG